UUCUUCUCUUACAUAAACUGAAUAAAUAGUCAAAGCUAAAGCCAAUUGCCGAUCACACUUUUGUCUGAAACCAGCAACAAUGGUGGACCAACUCACCGACGAACAAAUCGCUGAGUUCAAAGAAGCUUUUAGCCUCUUCGACAAGGAUGGUGAUGGCUGCAUCACUACAAAAGAGCUGGGAACGGUGAUGAGAUCUCUCGGACAAAAUCCAACUGAAGCUGAACUGCAGGGUAUGAUCAAUGAGGUCGGUGCUGAUCAAAACGGCACCAUCGACUUCCCCGAGUUCUUGAAUUUGAUCGCACGGAAAAUGAAGGAUACCGAGUCGGAGGAGGAACUUAAGGAAGCUUUCAAAGUUUUCGAUAAGGAUCAGAACGGCUUUAUUUCUGCAACCGACCUCCGGCACGCGAUGACGAAUCUCGGGGAAAUUUUGACCGAUGAGGAAGUCGAUGAAAUGAUUCAUGAAGCAGAUACCGACGGUGACGGGCAAGUGAACUAUGAGGAGUUUGUAAGGAUGAUGAUGGUGGCAAAGUGAUGACACUGUUUUAUUUGUUAUCUUAUGUUUAAGCAGCAUGAAGCACUGUUUCUAAUAUCUGAAUUAAUUUACCUGAAAAGUUCCGUUCUGAAUGUUGCCAUCUUCGUUUAUGUCCGAACCAAACGGUAAUAUAAAUUAUUUUAAUAUGAUUUUUGGGUGGCUGUGAAAGUGAUUGGUAAAACGUACCAUCCAAAAUUGUAACUUGUAUUCCGCUUAAUAAGUAUUCUCGUACUGUAUAAUGAAAGUUUUUGUAUUAUGAGUCA